AUGGAUGGUUAUAAAUAUCCUCAUAACCCGAAUAGCCAACCGGGCAAUAUUAAUAUGAAUUUGACUCCUAGUAUGCAACAAGUGUUAGGUACAGGUAUGAUUCCUAUGGCUUCCCCCCCACCAAAUGGAUUUGAUCAAAAUCCAGGCCUAGUUAUGAAUUCUAUGACUCCACACCAACCAAUGAUUCCACAAAAUUAUAGAGAGUUUUAUCCUGUUAUGACCCAAGAUUCCAAUGUAAAUACAAUGAUUCCAAAUAAUAAUGACUUAAUGAUGAAAAAUAUAAAAGAUAACCAGCAUGUUGUUGGUUCAGCAAUUAAAUCCAAUGUCAGUACUACAAAAGUUCAAAAACGAAGAGUUGCAAGGGCAUGUGAUAGAUGUAGGAAAAGAAAGAUAAAAUGUGAUGAGAUCAAAAAUUUAAAAGUAAACAAAUGUUCAAACUGUGUUAAAUAUGGUGCUGAAUGUACAUUCAAGAACUGGGAAGAGCACGAUUCACAAAAUCUGUUAGCAGCUUCUAAAAACGAUAAAAAUAAUAACCUUUCCAACUUUGAUAAUGAUAAAAAUAAACUUGAUAAUUCAAGUAAUAUUAAUACUCCUGCAUCUUCUACAUCACCAGCUGAUGUAAUUCCACCUUCAAAAGUGACAAAUAAUAAAAUUGAGAAAUUAGAUAGAAAAGUUUCUCUUAUAUUUGACCAUAUUGCCAAACUUGAAUGGCUGUUGGACAAAAUCGCAACAAACCAGAAUAUCACGUCAACUAACAACACUUCAAGUCUUACAUCAAAUUUAAACACCGUUGCACCUCUUUUUACUAAUACUCGGAAUAAAGCAGAAUCUAGCUUAGACAGUGAAGGUACUGAAUCAAGCUCGAAGGAAAAAAAGAAAAAAAAUACCUAUAUUUUCAAUAUGGUUGGAAACACAACUAUGAUGGCCAACAGUGAAAAUCUAAAGUAUUAUGCAAGUUCACUAUUAACUACACCAAAGUUAAGAUGGGUUCUUGAAAAGCUAACCGAAAAAGGAGAGUUAACAAAAGAAAAAAUAGAUGAAUUUAUCUGUCCUAUAAAAGAUGUUAUAUCUGUGACGCUAAAAUGGAAUGUCGUUCAAACGAAGAAAUUAAUGGAUUUUAGCUCCCCAAUUUAUAUCGAUGGCAUUCCUAAUCUAAAUUCAUUGCCACCAAAGGAACAGUCAAAAAGAUUAUUAGAAAAUUUCAGGGCAACAGCGCUUUCCUCAGUUACUGGCUUGAUCGGACUGAAUGAUUAUUUAGAUAUUGCUGACAAAUAUUAUGAUCCCAACUAUGGCCGCCAUAAAAUGUCCUAUUCAGAACUUCUUCUUUUAAACAUUGGUGUAUGUUCAGGUGCUUCAAUAACUCAAAUGAUGAGAACAAGUGAUUACCAUCUAAGGAAAGAUAGAUACGAUCCUAAUAAAGAUGAACUGAAAAUAAUUGAAAAUAAUGCGUUACUUAAUGCUAUGUAUUAUUACAACAAAUUGCUGAUGAUGAGCGAAGGGAUAAGAACUAUACAAGGUCUUUUGCUAUUGAGCGGUUACUUGCAAGUUAAUCAAGGUAUCGAAGUCGCUUUAGGUGUCUUGGAAACAGCAAUAAGAUACUCUCUUGAAAUGGGACUCAAUAAAGUAUCCUUUUAUGAAGGAUUAUCUUUAGACGAGUUAAUGAUAUACACCAACCUUUGGUGGAGGUGCUAUUCCAAAGAUAAAUCAUUUUCAUUAAUUAUGUCAAGACCGCCUAUGAUAAAAGAAGAUUCUAUGGAUAUGUUUAAUAGUCAGACAUUUUUGUCUUUAAUCAAAAGUGUUCUUUCAACUAGAGAUUUCGAUAACAACCAAGUUGAACUGGAUAAAUUAAAAACCUUAAAAGACGCUCUGAACUAUAUCAUUAAUUUUUGUGAAUAUGUACCUUUAUUCAUCUCAUGCUUCAUAACUGAAUUGAUACUUGUCGAGGGUAAAAUAUAUGAGGAUUGUUUUGCACUAAACAGUUUUGCCAAUACCCCAUUCGACAAAAACUUAGAAAAAAUCUUAAGAUUACACAAUAGGCUUCAAAAUUGGGAAGCUGACUUACAUCCAUGUAUGAACUUGAAAAGUUAUAAACAAUGUUUAUCAACCUUAUAUGUGCAGAAUUUGGAUGGAAAUCCAGCAUUAUUUUUUGAAAUUGCAUGUUUUCGUGUUUUAAAAUGCCAUUUUCAUUACUUCUAUUUGAAAGUUGUCUUAUGUUUGUUUGGCUCAAGCUACUUAAUAGAUAAUGAAGAAUUCUUUUCAAAUUCAGUUUUAGAUAUCCCUUCCAUUUACAGGCUUUUUGCCGAUGAUGCCAAAACUUCAUGUAUAAAAAUGUUAGAGCUAUUCCAAACCUUUGACUAUCAACCUUAUGUCAAUGACGAAAUAAUGUACUAUUUUUUGACUGGGGUGUACACAUUGUUCUUCUAUGUUAUUAAAAAUAUCGAUAAUGAAGAGAAUGACGAGAUACCUGUUAUUAUAGAGCUACUACAAUCAACGCAUACCCAUCUAAUCGGGGAAAAUCAGGAAUCUUUGGUAUCUGAUAAUAUGAAAUGGAAUACGUCUAUCUUUUUUUACACAUUCCUACUACAACAAGUUGUGACAUACUUCAACAAGAAGAAAAGAAAAGAUUGCGAAGUAAAUAUCAAUGUCCAGCAAUAUUCUGAAAUGCUAACAAAAGUUUUAGAUUACUCUAAGGCAAUGAAAAGGGCAGCAGUUGAUCAAUUGUUUGAACUUUUAAAGAAACACUCUUUUUCUCCAAAUUUCGUGAAUUCAGAAGAGUGCCAUUUGGAAUUAGAAACACCAGAACUUGUUAAAGAUGAUUCCUCAACAGAGCAAUAUUUGCCAUUAUCAACGACACUAUUCAAAGAGUUGACUGUAGAUAAUUUAAAGAAGUUGCGUUAUGAUUCAACUAAAUUAGGUCCUGAAAUCUUUUCACCAUCUUCAAAUCCACCAGUAGCAUCACUAGCUGGGGGAAAAUUCCUAAUGAAAAAAGAUACCUCGUUAUUCCCAGUAGAAUCACAGGAAUUUACUACUGUAUUUCCUGCGUAUCUGGUAUCUCGUGGUAUCGGUACAAAAGACUCGAACAAUGAUUUAGAUAAAGAGAAAUUAGUAGAAAUAGAAAAAGUAACUGCAAAGAAAGCAAAAGAUGGCUCAAAAUUAGAUGCACUAUUCACAGAUUCAUUCUGGCAAUCUGAUUUAUUUUAUGAUAGAGAAUUUUUCUUUGCCACGGCUAUAAGAGAUCGCAAGAUUUUAAAACGAUAA